AUGGCGCCUCUUCCUAUCGAAGUUUCAGAAGACAAUCUGCAUGCACUCUCUUCGUCGUUUCUGAUGAUUCUUGCGUCUGAAGUGGGAGACAAGACGUUCCUCAUUGCUGCGAUCAUGGCCAUGCGACAUCCGCGCCUCAUUGUUUUCUCAGGCGCAUUCGGGGCGUUAGUUGUUAUGAGUGCUCUAUCGGCUGCCAUGGGACAUCUCUUGCCUGCGCUCAUCAGUCGACGAUGGACAACACUUGCUGCUGCCGGCCUAUUCUUGGUAUUCGGUGUCAAGAUGCUUUUGGAAGCCAGAGAAAUGCAAGCCGGACAAGAUAAGAUCCAAGAAGAGCUCAAGGAGGUGGAGGAGGAGUUGGAUGCUGCAGAGGGUAACAUUCCGAUGAGAAACAUGGAGGAAGGAGGACGCAACUCUGACGAACCUGAACCUCUCACACCGGCCCCAAAAGAUUCUUCACUUGCACAAGGAGCCAAGAACCUGUUUGGAAUGUGCCUAGGUCCCAUUUUCGUUCAGACGUUUAUCUUGACGUUCUUGGGCGAAUGGGGAGACCGCAGCCAGAUUGCAACCAUCGCUCUUGGAGCAGCUCAUAACGUAUACAUUAUCACCAUUGGAACAAUUGCUGGCCACGCACUUUGCACCGGAGUAGCCGUCCUUGGUGGGCGUUGGUUGUCAACCAAGAUUUCAAUAAAGCACGUGACCCUCACGGGCUCUAUCCUGUUCUUAUUAUUUGCUGUUAUGUACUUUUACGAGUCGUGGACAUUCGUGCCCGACGUACCCUCACUCGAUUUGGACCUUCCCAUGAAGGCCGUAGAGCGGAGGUAA